CAGAGUACAGGCAGACUUGUCCCACUCCGCCGCGCGCGCAGUGCACGCUCGGCGUCGUCGUCAGCCAUGUCCGCCCACCUCCGCCUCCUCUCCGCCGGGGCCGCGCUCCCGGCGCCCGCCCCGGCCCCCCUCCGGCGGGCGCGGCUGCUCCCGCCCGCGCCCCCGCUCCCCUCCGCCCGACUCCUCGCCCCGCACCGGCGCGGCCUCUCCCCGCGCGCGGCCGUCCGCGUCGUCCGAUGCGCCGCCGCGGCGGGCGCGGCCGACGGGGGCGAGCGGGAGGUGGGGGUGGGGGUGGAUGCGAUAGCGGCGGAGGGCGCGGGGAUAUGGGCGCAGGUGCGGGACGUGGUGGUGUUCGCGGGGCCGGCGCUCGGGCUCUGGAUCUGCGGCCCGCUCAUGAGCCUCAUCGACACCAUGGUCAUCGGCCAGACCUCCUCCCUCCAGCUCGCAGCCCUAGGGCCCGGGACCGUGUUCUGUGACUACCUGUGCUACAUAUUCAUGUUCCUGUCCGUGGCAACCUCCAACAUGGUGGCCACCUCCUUAGCUAACAAGGAUGAAGAACUUGCACAGCAUCAAGUGUCUACGCUGCUAUUUAUAGCUCUUACUUUUGGUAUAGGAAUGUUUUUGUUCACUAAGAUUUUUGGGGUUCAAGUAUUGACUGCCUUUACUGGAUCAAAAAAUCAUGAAAUUAUUUCUGCUGCUAAUACAUAUGCACAGAUUCGAGGUUUUGCAUGGCCUGCAGUUCUCGUUGGCUUAGUUGCCCAAAGUGCUAGUCUAGGCAUGAAAGAUGCUUGGGGUCCUCUGAAGGCAUUGGCAGCAGCUAGUGUUAUAAAUGGCGUCGGUGAUAUAUUUCUUUGCUCUGUAUGUGGCUAUGGAAUUGCUGGUGCCGCCUGGGCUACUAUGGUUUCACAGAUUGUUGCAGCUUUUAUGAUGAUGCAAAAUCUAAACAGUAGAGGUUUUCGAGCGUUCUCAUUCACAAUCCCAUCGACAAGAGAGCUUCUGCAGAUAUUUGAAAUCGCAGCUCCUGUUUUUGUGACAAUGACAUCCAAGGUAGCAUUUUAUGCAUUGCUUACAUACUCCGCGACUUCUAUGGGAGCAAUAACUCUUGCAGGCCAUCAGGUUAUGGUUAAUAUCUUAUGCAUGUGCACUGUUUGGGGUGAGCCCCUGUCACAAACUGCUCAGUCGUUCAUGCCGGAGAUGAUAUACGGAGCUAACCGCAAUUUGAUGAAGGCAAGGAUGCUACUCAAGUCACUCGUAAUGAUUGGAGCUAUAGCUGGACUGACUGUGGGGACAGUUGGAACGAUUGUUCCGUGGCUUUUUCCUAGUCUGUUUACCAAUGAUCUACUGGUUGUACAACAGAUGCACAAAGUGCUGAUUCCAUAUUUCACUGCAUUGUUGGUGACACCUUCAGUACACAGCCUUGAAGGAACAUUGCUGGCUGGAAGGGAUCUCAGGUAUUUGAGUCAAUCAAUGGGUGCAUGCUUCAGCAUUGGUACCUUUCUACUACUGCUUGUCCGCGACAAGUUUAGUAGCUUGACACUAUGCUGGUGGGUACUUGUCUUCUUCCAGUGGAGUCGGUUUGGAAGCGCUCUACAACGGCUUGUUUCGCCAACGGGCAUGUUGUAUAACAAAAAUUUCAACCAGCCUGAGCAUAUCAAAGUGAAGGCCACAUGAGGUUGAAACGGGGCGACAACAAAUACACGCAUAUUUGCAGCCCUGGAAAGAUCAUUCUGCAUUGUCUGUUUCUAACCACCAUGCUUAGAGCAGGGGCUGCACAUGAUAUGAUUGGAAGCAAAGUUCAAGACCUGCUCAAUGUCUUCAGGGCUAGGAAAGUCCAUUUGGCACUAGGGUAGAAUUCGGUCUCUUGUAGUAUCUUUUUGUCCUAGGCACCUUCAUCGCAUGCUUUACUGCUGCAGAGAAGGUUACAUUGUCCAACACUUGCGACUGUAAAAGUGCAGUUACGCAAGCAUGUAAAGAAUUUUGUCUAAGUUUUUUGUUACGAAAUGAAAAAAAUAUGGAUGUUGAAAUUA